ACCUUAUUUACAGUUGUCCCUCCCUGUUUCUUUUUAUAAGCUUUACACUUUUUGCAUCUCUUUCUGAUUCAUCAUUCCACACCUGGUACCCCUCAUCUUCCUCCUCCCCUUCUCUUCCGAAUCUCUCAUUCAAGCACAAAGGCAACCACCAUGUUUGAAGGACUAGGAGACUGGCUGCUCUCCGUCGCAGCUGAAAUGCCCUUUGAGACCGACUGGGAGUCGUCCUUGCAGGGGUCCUGGUAUCUAUCUCCUCGUCGCCAUACGGUCGAGUUUCUGAUUUACAACGUAGUUUUCUUCCAGACCGCUCGCUAUUUUUACCAUCGCGCUCUCUCACCUGGAUCGCCAAUUUCAAAGAUGUUCGCAUCCUAUGAGCCGCCAUUGAAGAAAUCCAAGAUCGAGAUCGCUGUCAUGGCCACCUUGGCGAUAUCACUCAUGAUCACCGUCGUUCAAAAGUGGUUCCGUGGAGGCAUGAUCUUCUUACUGCAACCUUGCCAUAUGUCGGCCAUGAUGCUGAUCAUCAUCUUGGCCGGACCCAAGAGCAAGAAAUGGCCUCAUAUCCUGCUGAAUGUCUACUUCCAUAUCAUGUGGGGAACAAUGCUGGCCUUGUUGUCCCCAGAUCUUCGCGACUACGACCUAUUCUUCGAGAUCGAGAACUUCUAUAUCGAACAUUACCUCCUACUGUUCGUUCCCUUUUACAUGAUCUGGUCAAACCGCUAUGUGAUCUGGCCCGUAUCCAUUGAUGUGGCUUUCAUGUCCUUUUCACUCUUUGCGCUUUACCACUCCUUCAUCCUGAGCUCUAUGGCCCUUCUGAGGGGACAGAACCUCAACUAUCUGCUGAUGCCUCCUCCCGGUCCCCUGCAGGCGUUCGGAAAGUGGUACCGUCCGGUCAUGUACGCCUUCUGUGUGUUCUUGACCAUGUCCCGGUACUUCCUGAUCGAAUUCGUGAUCCAGAUCUUGCCUCGCCGGAGCAUCUCACCUGCUCAGAGCGAGCGCGCCUCUCGCAACGGCAAACGAAAGACACUGUAAGGCCUAAGCGAAGUGUAUAAUAAGUGGAAGAUCUAGAGCGGAAUCGUACUGAAGCGUUAUCCUGCAAAUAAAAAGUUAUUUAUCGCAUCA